CGACACUUUCCCUCCAAACUUCUUCGCCCCUCAUUUUCUCCCACUUUCUUUCAGGAAUUUAUUGUGAGCUGCUGCUGGGUGUAGAAACCCUAGAAUUAGAAGAAAAAUGAAGUUUAAGGCCUUUUUAACUGACCACGGUAUUAACCUACUCGAAAAACGAUUCUUACAAGCCCUAGACAAAAUGGGAAAGACAUGCCAUCUUUACCUAACUCGAGACCACGCCAUUUUCCUUCACAACCUUUUAAAUGGCGACGGUAUUCAAUCCAUUGCUCAGUUUCGUAAAGAAGCCCUUUUUGAAGACUACCGUAUCUCUAGUCAAAACGAUGACCGUAUCGCCUUCACUAUUGACCUGUCACUCCUCCACCGCGCCCUUCGCAGUAUUUUGACUAUUUAUACUGAAUUUGGUGGGUCACAUAGUUGCCCGACUGUUAACCGUUUGCAGAUUAAGUUGGUUAAGAAACUGCCACCACAUUCCUCACAGCCUAUGCCGUUUUUGACUUUUGAAACCAAAGGUUACAAGUCUGCUGUUAUUCAAGACGUGCCUAUUUCUAAACCGUUGUCUAGGUCUGAUAUACUUGAACUGCAAACGGCUCUUGAUAUGGCUCAAGAUUUGCCUCAGACUUUGGUUCAGGUUCCUGACUUAAACCAGUUACAGAACUUUGUGGAUCGAAUGAAACAUGUGGGUGAUGUGUUGAAUGUUUCUAUUACUAAAUAUGGUGACCUGCAUUUGCAAAUCUCGACUAGUUUGAUCACACUUGGAGCAGAGUUUAGGAAACUGAAGGUUAUAGGAGAACAAGCGCAGGGUCCGUCUGGAGAUGAUAAUUUGAAUGCUCAGAUACGAACGCAGAGGGCGAUUGAUAGAGGGGAUGCAAUGAGUGUGCAAGUUAGUGUGAAGCAUUUCUUCAAGUCUCUGCAGUGUCAUUUUGCUAAACCAGAUUGUGCUUUCUAUGGAAUUGGGCAACAAGGUUCUUGCUUGACUGUGGUGUUUCAGUUCUUUGUCCCGGGUACUCGCCAAACAGAUAAAUCUAUCAGUCUGCAUUGUCGGCUUCCUGUACUUGACCCUGGUAACGAUUGAAGGUCAAUGAAGAUUUGAGUUUUAUGUUGUGUUCCUUCUGUUUAUGUUAUUAUCUUUUGAUGGUCAUGAAAUGUAGACUAGCAUGUGAUCUGAGACCAUUUAUAGUUUGAGGCAGCGCCCUGAAUGUUUUAUAUUUAAUAUUUUGAUCCAACUACUAAAACUUGAUACUUUGAAGUAGAUCAUAAUAUAAUUUUAGAGGUGAA